UUAUGCUAUGUUUGUUUCGGUUACUCCGUUGACAUUCGUCCCCUCCCCGGAUGGCGGCGAUGGAGAUACGCCACCGCAGAAGAAGAAAAACCCGGAAGUUAGCAAAACCUUUUUCCCAACAGCGAGAGAGACGACACCUCGAAUUUAGCCGUCCCCUCACCCAAAGAUGAACACCCCGGACGACCCCGAAUCCCCCCACGUCAAAGAAGAAGACGACGACGACCCCGACUGGACCGUUCCCGACGACGACCCCGUCAACCCCGAGCCCUCCAACCUCCCCUUAAAAAUCGUGCUGGUCAAACUCGACGACGACGCCGGCCCGAGCUGCGUGGGCGGCUUCGUCCAAGGCGAGCCGUCUCGAGCCGGCUCGUCCGACGACGUCACGUCCCACUCGUCGGACGAACCCCCCAAAAAAGCCAAAAAACAAUUCCCUUGCUCCGAAUGCGGCAAAACCUUCGGCGACCGCGGGAUUCUCAACCGCCACAUGAAGAGCCACACGGGCGAAAAACCCUUCUCCUGCCCGGCGUGCGAGAAAACCUUCAGCCGCCACGACUGCCUCAUCUCGCACAUGCGCUGCCACGCCGAGGAAAAACCCUUCCACUGCUCCCUGUGCACGCAAACCUUCCGCCACCGUCAAAACCUGCGCUCGCACUUGAGGUGCCACAUCGGCGAGAAACCUUUCUCCUGCCCCACCUGCGGCAACACCUUUUCCACCAACGCGCACUUAAAAAGACACGUCAGCAUGCACACCGGAGAGAAACGCUUCGUCUGCGCCAUUUGCCAAAAGCGCUUCACCACCAAAGGCAACGUGGUGUUACACAUGCGAAUCCACACGGGCGAGAAGCCGUUCACCUGCGACGUGUGCGACGGGACGUUCGCCACCAAGACGCACUUGACGCGCCACGCCCGCACGCACACCGGAGACAAACCCUUCCCGUGUCACGUGUGCAACCAGCGAUUCGCCCUGAAGGAAAACAUGCUGACGCACUUGGAAGAACACGCCGGCGAGGCCCCGUACACCUGCGUGGCCUGCCCGGCCACCUUCGACACCAGGAAGGAACUGUCGAAGCACAACCGCACGCACGUCGGCGAGAAAGUCUACCCCUGUCCGGUGUGCGCGAAAAGAUUCUCGAGCAAGAGCAACAUGACGGCGCACAUGAAGGGGCACUCGGGCGAGAAACCGUUCACCUGCCCCUUCUGCAACAAGGGCUUCGUCAGCAAAGGCGACAUGAUGAGACACAGGGUGACGCACACCGGGGAGAGACCGUUCGGUUGCGACGUGUGCCAUAAAAAGUUCACGCGCAAGUUUCACGUCACCAAACACAAGUGUCCCGGCGUCAGCAGCUACAUCGACGAUUUCAACGAGAGUGAAAGUUUCUGAGGCGGGGGUUUACUCGUAAUUUAUUAAGCGCCCUCGAUACAGAUAGUCCAAUGAAUUCGAAUUGCGAGGAACGGUAGCGAGUAAUCAUGUUUCGACGAAAGUGAAAGUUUCUGAUGUGGAAGUUUAUUCACAGCUCAUCGGUCAGCGAAAGCCAAUGAGUUGACGUCAGUUUCAUAACAAGCUUGAAUACGUACGUCGUGAAGAUAGGAGCUUUUAAUAGUAGCCUUGUUGUCAUGUUUAGCUAGCGCUUUGUGUUCUGUGUAUCAUGUAACGCAUACUAUGUGUACCAUGCUGUGGCAUUGUCAAACAUUAAAAUUAAUUUUACCAAGCAGAUAUGUGAAUACAUUUGUUUAUUACGACACUGAAAAAAAAAACCUGGUUAAAGGGUGAAUGUUUUGAGUACUUUUUGUCAUAAUUUACUCGCGUACUAUACAGUGUAUAGUAUGAAGCAUGUUGACACAGUGACACACUGUGUUGACACUGUGGAUACUGUGUCAUUGAAUACUGACACCUGCUGGACAUAAAAAAUUCCUACAGGCAACCCACUUGACAGUCUGACACUGAAUUGACGACAGUAAAAUCAAAUCAUUUAAGUCUUUGCAUUCGUAUUGCAUUAUUCCAUAUCUUUAAAUUAUGUGAACAUAUAAUGUGAAAAUGUAAGUAAUAAUGAAUGGG